AUGCGGAAGAUUUGGAAGCCAAUACUCUACGCCGGCAUCGGCGGCGCCGGUGUGGCUGCCGCGCUGACGGCGUACCUCACAAAGAAGUACCCGGUCCAUGAGACAUCAUCCGCCAACCUGCCAACGAGCAUCAAGCGCGCCCUGCCCAAGGAUACGAACCCCUACUGGCGGUACUGCGAGAUCACCAUCCCUGCGAAUACGACAGUGCAGCGCACGAAGCCGAUGGAGUCGUUCAUCCGGCAGUUCUACGACAUCUGGGCCCUGAAGCUGGAAGAGGCAUUCGCGAAGAGCAUCGGAUACCAGGAGAAGUUCUUCCCGGCACCGUAUACGAAGGAGUAUAUUCGGAAAGCCCACUGCGGUGGCCUCUUCCCCGAGCUCUCCCGCGACGACAACACCUGCAUGAUCUUCUUCGGCCCCGGAGGUGCGAUUCCCGCCAUGGCGGACCUGCAGGCGUUCGAGGCUGUUCCCGACGACAGGGGAAACCUGCGCCUCCGGUAUUACACUGGCAACGUCGAUGUGCCCGGCGCGCAGACGGACGAGGGCGUCAUGGGCUGGUUCCACAUGAUACAGGACUUCGCAGUGGGCUUCUCGCUCUUCCUCCGCAAGGCGUUCAUCAAGGGCGCGGGGUACAGUGACGAUGCGCUCGACCGGCGUAUAGUCGGAGUCGUGAACACGAAUGUAAGCUGGAGUUCGACGCUUACCGCUGAUGGCCAGUCCGGCUUUAACCCGUGUCAUGCGAACGUGCCGCAACUGCUGGACGCGGUGUCGCGCGGCGUCAUGCUGCAAGGCGCAUUGCCAGUCCCCUUCCCGACAAUCAGCCUGCACGAGAGCUUUGCGUUCCCUACCAGCAUGUUCCUCCGCAGAAACCUCAUGUCCAUGGACACGGAGGAGAUGAUCAAGGCGGUGCCAGCGGAUGCCAUCGUGCUGAUCGGGGGCUGCGACAAGACGGUCCCGGCGCAGCUGAUGGGCGCGAUCAGCGCAGACGUGCCCGCCAUCCAGCUAGUGACAGGACCGAUGGUGACGGGCUCUCACCGUGGCACGCGCGUUGGCGCCUGCACCGACUGCCGUGGGUAUUGGGCAAAGUACCGGGCAGGCGACAUUGACUUGGAGGAGAUCACGGCGGUGGGCAAUGAGCUGGUGCCGAGUGCUGGCACUUGCGGCGUGAUGGGAACAGCGAGCACGAUGGCUUGUUUGACGGAAGCGCUUGGCAUCGCGCCCCUGGGCUCAGCCUGCCCGCCCGCGAAUGGCGGGCAGCGCCUGCGCGUAGCAGAGCUGACUGGAAAGCUGGCUGCGACGAAGCUCCUGCGCCCGAGCGAAGUGUUGACUCGUGCGAGCUUUGAGAAUGCGAUCACAGUUCUGCAAGCUAUCGGAGGAAGCACGAAUGCGAUAGUGCACCUACUCGCUAUUGCUGGGCGGAUGCCAGGUGUGAACCUGACGCUGGCCGACUUUGACCGUAUCGGAAGGAAGACGCCGUUGCUCGUCGACCUUAAGCCUUCAGGGGCCAACUACAUGGAGGACUUCUACCGCGCUGGAGGCGUGCCUACUCUCUUGCAGGCGUUGCGGCCGCUACUGCACCUCGACGCCAAAACGGUCACGGGCGAGACACUGGGCGAGGCGCUGGAUAAGUGUCCUCCCCCGUUUGCACAGGACAUCGUCCGACCACUCGAUAACCCACUGUACCCCGCCGCGAGCCUCGUCGUGCUCACUGGCAACCUGGCUCCAGACGGGUGUGUGCUGAAGCAGAGCGCGAUGGCGUCCGGCCUCCGUCAACAUUCGGGACCCGCCGUUGUAUUCAAGGACGCCGACGACCUGAUGGAGCGUAUCGACGACCCAGACCUGCCCGUCACAGCUGACAGCGUCCUCGUGCUCCAGAACAUUGGACCGAAGGGACACCCGGGCAUGCCAGAGGCGGGAUACAUCCCUAUUCCGAAGAAACUCGCCCGGCAAGGCGUCAAGGACAUGCUGCGCGUAUCGGACGGGCGCAUGUCGGGGACAGCGUCGGGGAGUGUAGUGCUUCACGUCGCACCCGAAGCUGCCGUUGGUGGUCCGCUCGCAAUCGUGCGAGAUGGAGACACCAUCUCCCUCAACGUCGACGAGCGCUCCAUCAGUCUCGAGCUCUCUGACGACGAGAUCGCCAGCAGACUCGAGGAGUGGAGACAGGCCAAAGUCAAGGGACGAGGGAGGAAGGGAACGAGGCCGAAGCGGGGCUACGCUCAGCUCUAUCAUGACCGAGUGACGCAGGCAGACACGGGCGCUGACUUUGACUUCCUCCGCGCCGAUCCUGAGGAGGCGGAGCACGCCGCACCGAGUGCUGCUUAG